CCCUGGGUUGAAGGAAGAAGAGGGAACGCUGGCCCUCGACCCCCCAGAAAAGCAGGGAAGACAGCGAGAAGCGUUACGAAGCACCGACAGGAGCGCGGUGACAAAGGGAAGAAGCAUUCGCGAGGGCCGUAGAAAAAUCUGCGAGUCGAGAGGCAACGCUUUUGAAGAAACGAGGACGAAACAGUCCGGUUCUACACAAGAAGUGGCUUUCUGCACUUCUUCUUCAGUACUUUCUCCAGCUCAAGAAGUUUGGGAGUUUCAGAAAAGGAGGAGACAAAUGAUGCCGACACGUAGAUCGAGAGAGACAUCCGGAACCAGUGAAGGGCGAUUUGUCUCCAGAGAGACACCUCGAGGCAAGAGAGGGACGACAAGACCGAGGAGCCAAAGCCGGAGAAUAUCUACGAGCAAUCGAAGAAGAGAGAACAAAGGACGCGGACGCGCCGAGAAGAGCACACAAUAAAAGGAGGAACGGCGGACUGCUUCCCUUCAAAGGCGAGGCGCUGCCCGUCCACCAUCUUGGAGACACCGCAGCCUGCGCGUUUCGCGCAGAGGAGAAACGCCAAGGUGUUCGACGUGGAAGAACUCCAGAGAGGAGAGGAGCAGAGAGAGCUGCGCGAGGGAGAGAACUCGAGAGUCCAAACUCCCAGGGCGCGCGUACGGGCGCGAAGGAGAUAUAGACAGAAAGCACGUCCUCAAGAGAGGAGAAGCGCGAGCGGAGGCAACAACGUGAGCACAAGCUCUCAGAGGCGAUCAAGACAAACGACUCGAGGACCAGUGAACGAAGGCAGUUUCUUUCGAUGACAACAGAGACAGGUCACCGCAAGCAGACGCGCCUUCGAGGCUUGUCAGCAGUUGUAGACAAAAGAAAUAACAACGACGGACUGGGUGUUCACGGGACUCUGUGGCAUUCGCGCGCUGGGCCAUCUCUCUCCGUCCAUUCGCUUGGCUCCCUAACAAGCCAUAGGCCUCUUGUCUACGGAGCAGAUGAGCUCGAUGCAUGCAGUUCAUUGUCCAGAGAAGACAGGAAGCAGACGCAGAGGAGGAAACAAAGGAGUUCCGCACUCGCUGUCGCACUUCGCUGCUCCUCAAGAAGUUGCUCUUACUCUUCUCGAGCUCAAGAUUACUCGUUUUCCUCCUUCCUCUGAAUUCAGAAAGCAGUCCUCAGGUUAGACACGACCCACUUUACGCCCAGCAAUUUUGGGAAAACCGGGAGAAGCAGAACGAUGAGGACAGCAGACACGAGAGCGCGAGGACAAGACACAGCUGUCGCGUCUGCGGCCUAUCUCUGGCUGUUCCUACCUUCUUCCGAGAAAGAACCGAGAAACGGCAGCCGAGGACUCCCGAGGAAGCCCAGAAACAGAGGGCGACGGAGAAGAAGCUGCAUCUUCCGUGCGAGACGCGGCUUGGCCCUUGGUUCGUUUGUCGAAGUGAGAAGAGAAAAGCUGGCAGGAAACAGGUGAGGCACCUUCUCUGUGUCCGGCCACUUUACGCGAGGAAUGCCGACAGUGAAAUUCUCCGCUGGGAUGAUGAAACAGCGCUGCCUUUGCGCAAGCCAGACAAAAGUCCCCGAGUGAGAACGGGGCAGAAGCAGCCUCUUUCGUGUCCUGUCGAAGGUGUCCGUUUGUGCCAGAAAAAAAAUCUCCCCGUGCUUCCGCCUCAUCUAGAUUCCUGUGGCGGAGCGGAGGAAGUGUCACCAGUUUGCACAGCGUGGAGCCCUUGAAUCCAAGUGUAUGUCCACCUGGAAUUCGUUCCCCUCCAAACGCCGAAGGGGGUCUUUACGCGUUUUCUACCGUUUCAACUCUAUUUUCUAGGCCUUCUUUCUCUCUUUUCCGUCCACCUGUCUUGCCCCUGUUUCCCCCGUCCUCUGGUCUCGCGCUCUGCUCGUCUGAACCGGCAAACAUCCUUCCGAAAGAGAGUGUUUCUGCCUGUCCGCGAGCGAAUCCUGGCACCUGCCCAGUUGCGAGUCCCGCCGCCACCUCGG